GAUCCUAAACGUGAAAUAGAAAAGGUGUUACAGUUUCUGGGAAAGGACUUGAAGGAGGAUGUGGUGAAUAAAAUCCUCCAUCACACCUCAUUCCAGGAGAUGCAGAAGAACCCCACUGCCAAUUAUAAGAUGGUAUCAAAAGAUCAUAUGGAUCACAGUGUGUCUCUCUUUAUGAGAAAAGGUAUUGCGGGCGACUGGAAGAAUCACUUCACCGUGGCCCAGAAUGAGGCAUUUGACACAGAUUAUAAAGACAAGAUGAAGGGAUCAACACUGCAGUUCCGAACGGAGAUCUGAAGCAGCAGUAGCUUCCUUCCCCCAUCUGGCUUAGGUGUUUUGUUGGCUUGAACAAGGGAGAAAUUGAAAUUAAAUGGUGGCACCAAAGCAAACAGCAACUGUUAACUACUUUAGAUAUGAUUUUUUCCAUAUGUUUCUAUUUUUGUGGGGUCUUCAGUUCCAUAACUGCCAUUUGGAUAAUGCAGAUGGGACUUCAAGCCCCACCCCUCUGGACUGUCACUAGACUCAGUGAUGGUUUCAGCUGUUGUGCGCUGAGAUUCUCACAUAACCACAUGACUCCAGGGGCUGUGGCUUGAAGAAAACCCACCAAAUAUUAUGUGUCUUGUGGUAAAAUCACAAGAGAUGGCAACACUGAGGUUACUCCACCAGAGUGAUUAUGCAGCCACUAUCAUUAGCAAACAACAGCAAGCUAUCGUCGGGAAUCUUGGCCUCAGUUUUUAAGGUCUCAUCUACAAGGCCCUACACAGUAAACUACAUGGUACUGAGUUUAUCUACUAUACCUGAAAAGCUGAAAUGAGCCUGCUGUGACUCAAACCAGCAGGUUCCAGAAAGUCUAGAUAUGCCAAAACUGAUGUGUAGACCAUUAGGUGCUUUGAGAUGAAAAGCACUGUAAGCGCUAGAUAUUAAGUGAUGCCCUGCAAAAGAGUCUUUCAUUCAAAUUGCAUAUGCAUGUCAAACAGGGCCGGCUUUAGGCCAAUUCCCCCGAAUCGGGCCCCAUGCAUAAGAGGGCCCCA